GCCUUUUGAAUUUGAAUUCAUGGAGAGAAGUUACUAAAUUUGCGGGAAGUAACUGCUCCUUUAAGAGUUUGACGUACUUCAUAUAUAUCUCCAGACAACGAUUCCGACACAUUCCAUCUUCUCUCUUCGCACUUUUUUCGCAUCUUCUCUCUCUCUCUCACACACAUCCAAAAGCUUCGAUCUUUUCGCUUUGCCUGGAUUCAGAAAGACAGGAGAAAAAUGGAGCAACAAUCUCCGGAUGUCGGCAUCAAAAUCUACACACCCACGAAAACUCCGCCUCCGGAAGUUGCCGACACCGCUUCCGUACCGGAGACGGUCCCCACAAAAGGCCGCGGCGGCGAUGACACUCCCGGCGGCGGCGGACGGAAGAGGAAGGCCGUGGCAAAGGGGGUGCAGAAGACGCUCUCGAAGACCUCGAUGCUCGCCAACUUCCUCCCCACGGGGACCCUCCUGACGUUCGAGAUGCUCCUCCCGUCGGCGUACGGGAGCGGAGAGUGCACGGAAGUGCACACGUCGAUGAUCCACGCGCUCCUCGGCCUCUGCAGCCUCUCCUGCUUCUUCUUCCACUUUACGGACAGCUUCAAGACGCCAGACGGCAAGGUCUACUACGGGUUCGUCACACCGCGGGGCCUGUCGCUGUUCAAGACGGGCCUCGGCGUGGAGGUCCCCGAGGACGAGCGGUACCGGGUGCGUUUCUCCGACUUGGUGCAUGCGGUGAUGUCAGUGAUGGUGUUCGCGGCGAUCGCGCUCUCGGACUUCCGGGUAACGAACUGCCUCUUCCCGGGGCACGUGAAGGAGAUGGACCAAGUGAUGGAGAGUUUCCCCGUGAUGGUGGGGGUCGUGUGCAGUGGCCUCUUCCUGGUGUUCCCCAACACCAGAUAUGGCAUAGGGUGCAUGGCCACUUGAUCAUUCGCUACAUAGUUUCUAUAUUAUACAGUGUGUUGUCCGUCUGAACCGUUGCCUAUGGUUAUUUGUUCAUUGUUGGUGUAACAGUCAUUGUUUCGAGUGCUGUUUGUUGCAUGGAACAUAACGUUGGAUGUUGUCUAGGAUUGAAUGUCUCUUCAAAUUGGUUCAUCUCCUCUAUCGUUGACUUUUAAAUUGGUGAUGGAUUGAGAUCAAACCUAGCCGUAGAUUCUGUGUGUAUCGUCCGUAUUGUGCAUCUUUCUUCUCUCGGUAGAUUAUAGCCCA